AUGAAAGGAAUUCGAUCUAACCCUGCACCAUCAAUCGCAAACCCUGUCAAGAUGCCCUCGGAUUCCAUUGCAGAACAGAAUGGACGCAAGUAUCGGUCCAAGAAACAGAGGCCAUGUGAUCUUUGCCGCUCUAGGAAGACGCAUUGCAGGAUAAUGGGGUCAGAUUCAACUUGCGAACUAUGCAAGAAACUCAGUCGUCAAUGCACCUUUGUACAAAAGCCUUUGAGGCGAGCGCAAAAUUCGCAGAUGAACAGUGAUACCAUUGACAGGCAAAGCCCACCCCAACCGAACGCCAUGCCUGCCAACGAAUCGCAACAUGACCCAGGACUUCGACAUCUCCCUAUGCCGGGAAAUGACGGCGCUAAUCAAACUACGAUAGAGAACUCAUCGUUCUGGCUUCCACAAUUGGACUGGUCUGCCAUGAAUUUAUCUUCAAUCGACUUAGUAGCCUCUGGGAUAAGCCCCGGGGUUGAAGACCAGCAUAUGGAUUACGAACUGCACCAAGAUGUUGAUAUUCUGAACACCAUCCAUAGACGAUCACCGUCUGUUAUCACCCCUAGAGAAUCGCCACAAAAUGCCCAGGAAACCGAGAAUGCCAGAGGCAACAGAGGUAUUAAUCAAUCUAGCGAAACUGGUUCUGAAGCAUAUGCUCCAAGUUCGGUGGGAAGUGCCAGAGCAAUCACUGAUAUACGGCAAGAGGGAACGGGAGAUUGGCCCUCCGAGUUCUCUCUAGACACUAGAAGAGGGUAUUCAAAUCAGCUUAUUGGACUCUCCUGCGAAUCCGAUCCAUACCUGCUUCGUAACUACUACUAUAACAAAUAUGAUACAUAUCCGAUGUACCGACUAGAUUUCCGCAAGAUGAAAGACGAUGCGAGCGUUCAACCUUUUCUCGAAACCUCAGCUUAUGGCAAUUCACGUCUACCUGCAGACUCGCCCCCAGUCCAGUUUGUGAUGACACAUGAAGACAUCUGGAAGGAUUCUCAGAAAUUUAUCGAAGCCAUACAAUCUGGAGGCAGUACGGAAGAGAGUGACCUUGAACUUCUCAAAAAGAUUGUGCCGGCCGACUUGGGUCCUCGAUUGUUGAAACUAUAUAUUAAAUUCGUUCACCCUCGGUUUCCCAUUCUUUCCCUUUCGGACUUCUCACGAAUGCCGUUCCCGGAAUGCAACGUAUUGUAUCCUAUCGGUAUCCAAAGUGCCGUAUACGCCUUAGCAGCCCCUUUUACUUGCUGGGACGAUGAAUUAAGUGUCUUAAAGGGUUAUGUGCAGAUAUCUACACAGGACCUCUGGGCUAUUGCACAUCGGAGCUACCAACGAGCAAGCUGUUUAUCACAUCUCUCCUCUUUACAACUAUGUCUGCUCUUACUGCAAAUGCCCCCGCCAAAUUAUGCUGUUGCAGAGCCCUUAAGCACUUGGGCAUUGUCAUGCUCUGCUUUAUCUAUGGCGGAGAGUUUAGGACUCAAUCUAGAUCCAUCGGACUGGCGUCUUCCGCUGAAGGAAAUAAUGUUGCGAAGGAGGUUAUGGUGGUAUACAUAUAUGCAGCACGUUUGGCAAGCUAUGGUGAUAGCUCGGCCAUUGCAUCUUAAUGACGAUAGUUGGGAUGUAUCACCACUUACCGUAAACGAUUUCGAGGGAUAUGAGAUUCAAAAUGCUGAGAUCAAGGCAUCCGCACUGAGACACACUCCUCUCUGCCUGGCAGAAUAUGAACUUAGUGUCAUUGCGGCUGACGUGCUGAAGGAGUUUUAUACUUUAAAAGCAGUACGUUCGUCGUCAACUCUUAGUGAGCUUUUGAACCGCGCGCAGCCACUGCGAGCACGUAUCGAGAAUUGGAGGCAAUCACUUCCUUUACUUUGGAAAUUAGCCUCGGAGCUAGAUGAGAGGGAAUUUGAAGAUGGCGCUUCCUUGCGACUGUCUCAUCUGACAUUAGAAAUUCUCAUCUUUCGAGCUCUUCUUCGCCCUCUCUUCCACCAAGCGGUAUCGGCUAGUGAGGUCAGCCAGGACCCUAUAUUCAAGAUAUUCGAUAACUGUUUUACCUGUGCAAAAGUGGGAACAGAAAUCGUAUCUGCGCUCAAAGCGAAACAUUUCGCUAUAUUUUGGCAUCCAUGUACGUUUUCCCUCUUUCGCUACGGAUACUCUCUCCCCUCUGUGAUGACAUUUGCCUUGAAAUCAUUUUCUAACAUUCGCCUCAUUGGGUUGAUCACACAGAUGUGCGAUAUCAAUUAUGCUAUGUUUCGAGUUUCAUAUUAUUAA